AUGAGUAAUAAUAGUAAUAAUAAUGAUAAUAGUGAUAAUGAUGAUGGUACGGGAUUAGACCCACCUUUUGAUAAGGAUCAUAGUAUAGAGUUGUAUCAUGAUGGAUUCUACACUAAACUAAGUAAUGGUGUAACAUUCUAUCAAUUAUUUGAACCACAACUAUCUACUACUACAACUAGCUCAGUAGAUGCUGAACAACAACAACAACAACAACAACAACAACAACAACAACAACAUAAAUAUACACCAAGAUUAAUUAGAAACUUAAAUGAUAGUACUAGAAAGAAGAGUGGUACUAAAGUAGUAUUAUGUCUACACGGUUUGGUAUGGUGGUCUGUAUCUUUUAAUCGUUUAGUACAACCUUUAAUAGAUCAAGAAUUUACUGUUUUAUUGUUUGACUUUUAUGGAAGAGGUAGAAGUGAAUCACCUGAUAUACCCUAUUCGAUUGAUAAUCUAUUAUUACAAGCAUGUGAAUUGUUGGAUCGUUUAAAGAUAGAGUCUGUCUAUUUGAUGGGUUAUUCGAUGGGUGGAGCUGUAGCAACUCAAUUUGCAGCUACUCAUCCACAACGUAUCAUCAAGUUGUGUUUGUUGGGUCCUGCCAUCAUCCCAGUUCCAGUACCUCUUAUUGCUAAAAUCAUUACAAUGCCAUACAUUGGUAAAUUCCUAUUUAAAAUGGUUGGUGCCAAUACAAUGUUGAAUCGAUUGGAAACUGAGAGAUUUGCAAGUGAUAUAGCAGACAGUUCGAAAAUCGAUCCAAAGGUAAUCGAUGAUUUGGUUGCCAAGGUUAAAUGGCAAAUCACACAAAAGCCUUCCUUUCUCGAUGCAUUCCAUUCCACACUAUACAACAUACCGUUUUCAAGUGGAUUACUUCAUCUACUACCUCAUAUUCCAUCAAAUAUUCCUGUUCUUGUUAUCUUGGGUAAAAAAGAUUUGGUCAUUCCAGUUGGCAUCGCCGAACCAACUCUCAAAAAUAACCUCCCUCAAGCUCGUAUCAAGGUUAUUGACUGCGGGCAUGCUUUCACAGUGGAAGUUCCCGAUGUCACUGCCAAUCUAGUAACCUCUUUUCUUUGCGAAUAA